AUGUCAGUAAAGCGAAAGCAUGACUUUGAUCAUCUUGAAUCCUCUUCAAUAUCAUGUCCUGAAGACGAUUUAAUGACAACGAAAUAUAUCAAGACCGAGGAAUUUUUUAAUCAUAAUUCUCCAUCAACUGAUGCACAUGAAUCAAAUGAAAACCAUUCAACAUCUCCGGCAGCUUUAUUUAAUGAGUCUCAUUCAAAAGAUAUUAAAUUAACGCAACAACGAAAUCGCCGUAAAAAUCCAACUCAAUCGAAACUACCACAAAAUCCUUCAACAGUCUCAUCGUCAUCCUCCUCAUCAUCAGGAACAAACGUUCGAACGAUUCUUAAUCUAAUUGAUUCAUUAGUUGAUGAAAAACAAUUUGAUAAUAGUGAUGAGAAUAUCCUAUCGACUAUUGAUUGUCUUAUUAGUAGUUUAAAACAUAUGCGUGAAAAAAUCAAAACAAUCAAUCAUGAUGAUACACAUCCAUUGAAUUUAUCUAAACCUAAAGUUCAACAACAUGUUCAUGAUGAUGUCAAUGCAACAGUAACGCCAUCGAAUUUUCCAUUAGCAUCUGCGCUUUUUUCUUCUCAACCAUUUUUGUCACCAUUUUCUGUUGCUAAUAUGACACAUUUUCAAAAUUAUUUAAAAUUAUCGGCUGCCUCCGUACUGAACGAUUCCAUUAAUUUAAAAAAUGGAGAAAAUAACAAUUUAAAAGGCUCAUUACCAUCACCAUUUCUUGCUGGCUUCAAUAUGUUUCCUUUUACAACGGCAUCAGGUCAUCUGCCUCAUCAUCAAUCAAAUGCAAAAACAACAUCGAACGAUGCAAAUCAUAAUAACAAUCAUCAUCAUCAUCAUCGUCGUGACUCGUCCAUUGACAAAAGCUCAUCAUUAGUUCAUCAAAUCUCAACCAAUCGCAAAGAACGAACCCAUUCAAUACCGCCAACUAAUCAGUCCAUUUCAGCUUCGAACCUUGGAAAUAAUGACAUAGCAUCAUCAAAUGAUCAUAUAAAACGUCCUAUGAAUGCAUUUAUGGUUUGGGCGCGUGAAGAGCGACGAAAAAUUUUGAAAGCAUGUCCGGAUAUGCAUAAUUCAAGUAUUAGCAAAAUUUUAGGCACUCGCUGGAAAGCCAUGAGCAAUGAAGAAAAACAGCCUUACUAUGAAGAACAAUCGCGUUUAAGUAAAGUUCAUAUGGAGAAAUAUCCAGACUAUCGAUAUCGGCCUAGGCCGAAACGAACAUGUAUGAUCGAUGGAAAGAAAAUCCGUUGGUCGGAGUAUAAACAAAUAUUAAAACAACGAAAAGUUGGCCAAUUCGAUGAACAAUAUUCACCUGAUGAAAGUCAUUACUUAAAUAAUGAUGAAUGUAGCUCAGAUGGUAGUAGUGCUUCACAGAAAGAACUUAUUUUUACUGAUUGA